AUGCCGAAUCACCUAGAUAUCGUUCAACACUCUCUAGUGGCCAUAAUUACCGCAGUGGACUGCAAUAUUCCCGUAAACCAGGCCUUGGACACGGAAAUACGCGAUCUGCAAUGCGAAUUUGAGCGCGAGCGAGAGGAUUACCUGGAGGCUAUUCGCAAGCAGAGUCGCCAAAUUAGCCUCCUUCAGGCAAUUUUGGACCGUACGCAACCGUGCAUUCGGCGGGACAGUAAUUACGCAAAUAUCGACAAAAUCAAGAAGCAAGCAUUCUAUGACGAAGAUACCGGCGAAUGGAUACUGCCUGCGCUCACCGUUGAAAGGACCACACUGCCUCUGGCAUCCACCGCUAACGCAGACGAGUUCGGUGGGCGAGCCGGGCUCCAUCGCUCCAGCACUUCCCUGCACAACUCACCGGGCAAACUGCCAUGUGCGCGAGACUUGACUGUAGAGAAGGAAGAAGAGGCCCGACUUUACGCAAAGCUGGCUAGCCGAGCUCACAACCAUACCAACUACUUUGCCAAUAAGCGGAAGGAACAACUCCUUCUUGAUGCAGCUUUCGUAGGUUCCAACAGAAAACCCUUCCUUCAGAGUCCCGCCAACGGAGACAAAUCACCAAUAGAUGGGCUGGGGAAUAAUCCCAACAGUCAAUGCAUUGAUAGAGACAGUCCACUAAACGGUCAUUUCCCCACCAGAAGGAACCAACCAAAGACUAAGGGCAACUUCUUGAACAAAAACCCCGAACUGGACUUUUGA